AUGUCUCUUGAAAAGAAGAUCCUUAGUUUCCUCAAGGGCCCGAAGAAGGGAGAAACCUUCGAAUUGAAGUCCGGACUCGUGUCUCAGUACAAGCAUGAGCGAAAAGAUGCCAUUCAAAGGGUGAUCCAGGCAAUGACAGUGGGCAAGGAUGUGUCGCUGUUGUUUCCCGACGUUCUAAAAAACAUUGCUACCUAUGAUUUGGAGCAGAAAAAACUCGUGUAUCUCUAUCUCAUGAACUAUGCCAAGUCUCAUCCGGAACUAUGUAUCUUGGCUGUGAAUACAUUUAUUCAGGAUACCGAAGAUCCUAACCCAUUAAUCAGGGCGUUGGCGAUACGGACAAUGGGAUGUAUUCGUGUGGACAAAAUGGUCGAUUACAUGGAAAUACCGCUUUCGAAGACUCUUGCCGACGACAAUCCAUACGUGCGGAAAACAGCCGCCAUUUGUGUUGCAAAGUUGUUUGAUUUGAACCCUCAAGUAUGUGUUGAAUUUGGAUUUGUGGACGAGUUGAAGAAAUUGAUCAACGAUCCCAACCCAAUGGUUGUAGCCAACUCUCUCAACUCCUUGUAUGAGAUCAGAGACAUGAAUUCGGACCCCAACUUGAACGUGUUGGACAUAACUCCAGAGAUCAUCAAGAACCUCCUCAUGUGCUUGAACGAGUGCACAGAGUGGGGUCGUAUUACGGUACUUACCACGUUAAACGAGUACGAGGCGCCAACUCCAGCGGAAGCUGGUCAUAUCAUCGAGCGGGUUGUACCGCAAUUGCAGCAUGUAAAUCCCUCCGUGGUGUUGACAUCUAUCAAGACGAUUCUUCGCCACGUUGACAAAGUGCCGCUGAAACCUGCUAUUCUUAAAAAGCUUUCUGCUCCUUUGGUUUCUCUCGUGUCGUCAUCUAUUCCAGAGGCACAGUACGUCGGUAUGAAGAACAUUCGCAUCAUCCUCGAAAAACAUCCCCAGAUUCUCUCCAAGGAACUUCGAGUAUUUUUCAUCAAGUACUCCGAUCCGUUGUACCUCAAGUUGGAGAAACUUGAAAUUAUGGUUCGCCUUGCUAACGAUUCCAAUGCUGGACUUUUACUCGGUGAACUCAAAGAGUAUGCCAUGGAAUUCGAACCCACUCUCGUCACCAAGGCUAUAAAGUCGGUGGGUUCGGUCGCAAUCAAACUCAGCGUGUGUGUGGUGAAAGCCGUCAAUCUUUUGUGUACUUUGAUCGACCAGCGAGGCGGAGAUUUGGUCAUAAACGAGGCAGUGGUUGCAUUGACAAACAUUCUUAGACGAUACCCUGGAAAGAACGACUUGAUCACACUCAUAGUGCCGGUCAUUUCCAACCAUGUCGAAGACCUCACCACCUCCGAAGCCCUUGCUGGCUACAUAUGGCUCAUUGGUGAGUACCCAAAGUAUUUUUCACAACUUCACUCCAAGGUGGAUGCACUCGUGGAUGGAUUCCUCGAGUACGAAUCGCAAUUACAAUUGAACAUUCUCACGUCUGUGGUGAAGAUUAAUCUCUCUACGAACGACUCUAGUUACUCCAACCAACUUCAAAAGGUGCUAGAAUUAGCCACCAAAGAAUGUGAAAAUGCCGACGUCAGAGACAAAGCAUACAUUUACUGGAGAUUACUUUCAUCUUCAUCGACGGAUGCCCAGCAAAAGGUCAUUAUGGCCAAAUUGCCUCGUAUUGAUACCACAAUAGCGUCGUUCAAUCCGGUGGUUUUGGAGUCGUUGAUCAACGAUUUAUCUACUUUGGCAUCGGUUUACCAUAAACCUGCCUCCACAUUCAUCGACCCCAGUGCUUACAAGAGAGCCGGCACGGGUACCUCCAAGGCGGCUAAGAGCGGUAACAUUCGUGAUCUCACCAAGUUGGCCAAACAAGAGAUCAUUAAUAAUGCCAAAAAUGAGAACUUGCUCGAUUUCGAUGACGAAGGAACCGAGGCUUCGGAUGCCGCUCCGUCAUUGUUGGACGAGUUGAACGACUUAUUUAUAACACCUGGCGACAACCAGGGCAGCCUGACCACCCAAUCGACCAAUGACAUAUUGAACUUGUUCGGACCCCCACAGCCCAAGCCAGCUACAAACACAGAAAGGAAGGACACAAAUGACUUGUUGGAUCUCUUUUAG